CCAGGUGGAGCCACUGGCUGGCGUUUUGUCAGCCACAUGGGGGUAUGGAUGAGCAGCGCAGGGGAAAGUGGAGUCUACACGUUCAUAUCAAAGGAGAUUUCUUGGAAUCGAGCGCCCGAGCCGUGAUUUUUGUGCGUAAGGCAGAUAAUCUGAAGGCGGCGUGUUUUUCUUCUUCCGUGGGGAGCGGCAGCUACAAGGAACACGCACUUCUCAUUUAACUCUGCGCCUCCGGGAGGAGGAAAUGCGGUUGUUUCUGGGCGUUUUUCUUUUCGUUUCCUUUCCAUCGGGGAACGUAGACUGACCCGUUAACGGAACCCGGUCUCCACGAUGAAACUGUUCUGAAGUUCCGUUCACUGGAUGGAUGGAUGUGCUGGGCUGUCGCCUCUGAGGAGCGGGGUAGUCAGACGGAGGAGCAACACCUAUGACAAUGAUGCACCAUGGAGGGGGAGCUGCUGAACUUUGAGCAACAAAUUCACCUCGGAGCCGCUGGCGGCAUGGGGAGCCGCGCAGACAGGGAGCUUAGCGAGCGACCCUGAGGAUCCAGCCUCUCUCCUUGUUUUACUGUGGCUCUUCUCACUGACUCCGUGUCAGGACCUGCCGGCGGAUGGUGCAGCAGGCUGUGCUGUGAUGCUUCAUCUCCAUUCCUGUUCUGCCAGUGUCGCUGUCUCCGGCAAGAUUUCCGUAGUCGCAGAAUGGCUCGUUUUGAAGAUGAGGCGUCCAGCCGCUUCAGAGGCAGCGGCCCCACGGGUCCGGCCAGAGGGGCCAACCGGCAGCCAGGGCCUCCGGGGGGCCCGAGGGUGUACAAACAGACCAUGGCCCAGAGAGCGAGGACCAUGGCUAUUUACAACCCCAUUCCAGUCAAGCAGAACUGCCUCACUGUUAACCGCUCCCUGUUUAUCUUCAGCGAGGAUAAUAUAAUCCGGAAAUAUGCCAAAAAGAUCACAGAAUGGCCUCCAUUCGAAUACAUGAUCUUGGCUACCAUUAUAGCAAACUGCAUCGUGCUGGCCUUGGAGCAACACCUGCCUGCUUUGGACAAAACCCCAUUAUCUGAACGUCUGGAUGACACAGAGCCCUACUUUAUUGGAAUAUUUUGCUUUGAGGCAGGCAUCAAGAUCAUCGCUUUGGGUUUUGCUUUUCACAAAGGCUCCUACCUACGUAAUGGCUGGAAUGUAAUGGACUUUGUGGUGGUCCUAACAGGGAUCCUUGCCACUGUAGGAGCGGAUUUUGAUCUGAGAACACUGAGAGCAGUACGAGUUCUGCGGCCCCUCAAACUUGUCUCUGGCAUUCCAAGUCUUCAAGUGGUGUUGAAGUCCAUUAUGAAAGCGAUGGUACCUCUGCUACAGAUUGGAAUGCUGCUUUUCUUCGCCAUCCUCAUGUUUGCCAUCAUUGGCCUGGACUUCUACAUUGGCAAAUUUCAUCGAACGUGCUUCAAGAAUGAUACAACAAAGGAACAGGUGGCAGAUUUCCCUUGUGGAUUAGAGCCUCCAGCGAGGACGUGCGGCAACGGGACUGUCUGUGAAGAAUAUUGGCUUGGACCUAACUUUGGGAUCACGAACUUUGACAACAUCCUUUUUGCCAUUCUCACGGUUUUUCAGUGUAUCACUAUGGAGGGAUGGGUGGACAUACUCUACAACGCCAAUGAUGCCUCAGGGUACAUGUGGAACUGGCUAUACUUCAUCCCUCUCAUCAUCAUCGGAUCCUUCUUCAUGCUCAACCUGGUGCUAGGCGUGCUGUCAGGAGAGUUUGCGAAGGAAAGGGAGCGCGUGGAGAAGAGGCAAGAGUUCCUAAAGCUUCGCCGACAGCAGCAGAUCGAGAGAGAGUUGACUGGUUAUUUAGAGUGGAUCUGCAAAGCAGAGGAAGUGAUGUUGGCUGAGGAGGACAAACACGCAGAAGAGAAAUCCUUGGAUGGAGCGUGGUACAAAAGGAAACAUAACCCCAACUCUGUGCUGAAAAGGACGAAAAAGAGCAAGAAUGAACUCAUCAACGCAGAGGAAGGGGAGGACCAUUUCACAGACAUCUCAUCUGUUGCCCCCCCAGGGUCGCCGUUUGCGCGAGCUAGUGUGAAGAGCAAGAAUGAGAGCUCGUCAUACCUCAGGAGGAAAGAAAAGAGGAUUCGCUUCACCAUUCGCCACCUGGUCAAAUCCCAGACAUUUUACUGGACUGUCUUAUGCCUUGUUGGCCUCAACACACUGUGUGUAGCCAUAGUUCAUUAUGACCAGCCUGAUUGGCUGACCUAUGCAUUAUACCUGGCUGAAUUUGUAUUUCUGGGCUUGUUCCUGGCUGAGAUGACCAUGAAAAUGUAUGGCCUCGGACCCCAGAACUAUUUCCACUCUUCUUUUAACUGUUUUGAUUUCGGGGUCAUUAUUGGGAGUAUUUUUGAGGUGGUCUGGGCUGCAAUCAAACCAGGUGCUUCAUUUGGGAUCAGUGUCCUGAGAGCACUAAGACUACUCCGGAUAUUCAAAGUUACAAAGUACUGGAACUCUUUGAGAAAUCUGGUAGUAUCCCUGCUCAACUCCAUGAAGUCCAUCAUCAGUUUGUUGUUCCUCCUGUUCCUCUUCAUUGUGGUCUUCGCUCUGCUGGGCAUGCAGCUGUUCGGUGGACAGUUUAACUUUGAAGAUGAAACUCCGACAACUAACUUCGAUACUUUCCCAGCAGCUAUUCUCACAGUUUUUCAGAUUCUAACUGGGGAGGAUUGGAACGCCGUCAUGUACCACGGGAUAGAAUCUCAGGGUGGUGUGCAUGGAGGAAUGUUCUCCUCUAUUUAUUUCAUCAUCCUCACACUCUUUGGAAACUAUACACUCCUCAAUGUGUUCUUGGCCAUCGCUGUUGAUAACCUUGCAAAUGCCCAGGAGCUCACAAAGGAUGAAGAGGAGCAGGAGGAGGCCAUUAGCAAAAAGCUGGCUCUUCAGAAGGCUAAGGAGGUACACGAAGUCAGUCCCAUGUUGGCUGCUAACAUUUCCAUCACAACGAGUUAUGUCUGCACCCCAGUCCAUCACUUCCUGAGCAAGGAGCAGCAGAGACCAGUGAAAACAAUGUCUGUCUGGGAGCAGAAAGCCAGCCAGCUGAGGAGGCACAAUCAGGCUAGCUGUGAGACUUUGUAUGACCCCGAGGCGGGUGUCCGCCUCCCCUCAGGCCUCCACGCCCGGCCCGAUGCGAAGACCCACCUUGACAGGCCCUUGGUCGUAGGGCAUUCAGAUGGCCACCAGCAUCACCGUCACAAGCCGUGCACACCAGAAGAAGCAGAGACUGCAGCUGAUCCACCUUCUGCUCCACCUCAUUCUCAUCACCCUCAUCGUCACCACUGCCACAGAGACAGAGAUCAGGCUAAAGUGAAAGAAGAGCCCAAUGACAACGGUCACAGUGGCAAAGAAGGGAGGCAACAUAUCCAUCACAGCCACUCCAAAAACCAAGACUCCAGCUGGAGACAAGAGAGGAAGAGUGAGAGGUCCCGCAGCAAAGAGGGGGGGAGAAAGCAUCACCAUCAUAGUUCAAUGGAUGACAGCGCAGGUGGAGGAGCCACAAGAGAGAAAGAGCAUCGCCAUCAUCAUUCACAUCGAAAGUCCAGAGGGGGGAAUGGGACAGUGAACAGUGGAGAGAAAGGGGAGCGCAGACUCCAUCACAAAGAUGGACGACCAUCUAACAAGGAUGGGGAUAGGGAGGGCAGAAAGAGGAGCCAUCACACUCAUGGAUCGAGGAACCAGUCCAGGGCUGAAGGAGAGGAGUCCAAUGGGAGGGAGGAGACACAUACCAACAGGUUUGGUGACUCGGAGGGAGAGUCGUUGGUCCUCUCCCAGCAGCUGGGCUCUCUGGGAAUACCUGGCCAGCCAGAAGACUCAGACAACCAGAAGAAUGUCAGAAGAACAGGCCAGACCUCCAUCCACAUCACCCCUGUGACGAUCACGUCCCCCAGAGAGACCACUCUCAUACAAAUGAACAGUACUGACAAUGAAUCAAUGCCCAUGAAUGAGAAGAACUUGAAGGAUCACUGUCACUCUGGAACGAGACCCAUCCUACCUUACAGUUCAAUGUUCAUCUUUGGACAAACCAACCCAGUACGCCGGCUAUGUCACUACAUUGUGACCCUGCGAUAUUUUGAGAUGUCCAUCCUGGUAGUUAUCGCAAUGAGCAGCAUUGCUCUGGCAGCCGAGGACCCAGUCUGGACAAAUGCCCCUCGCAACAAUGUGCUCAAAUAUCUGGACUAUGCUUUUACAGGGGUUUUCACGUUUGAGAUGGUGAUCAAAAUGGUGGACCUUGGACUGCUUCUCCAUCCUGGAUCCUACUUCCGAGACCUGUGGAACAUUCUGGACUUCAUAGUGGUCAGUGGGGCACUGGUGGCAUUUGCAUUUUCGAGCUUCAUGGGAUCGCAGCAAGGUGUGACCAGGGGGACUAAAGGCAAAGACAUCAGCACCAUCAAGUCACUGAGGGUUCUCAGGGUUCUUAGGCCUCUCAAGACCAUCAAACGUCUGCCCAAGCUCAAGGCCGUUUUUGACUGUGUGGUCAACUCUUUGAAGAACGUGCUGAACAUCCUCAUCGUUUACAUGCUCUUCAUGUAUUUUGCUGUUAUUGCGGUUCAGCUUUUCAAGGGAAAAUUCUUCUAUUGCACUGAUGAGUCCAAAGCUCUGGAGAAAGACUGCAAAGGACAAUUUCUUGACUACGACAAAGAGACAGUGGCAGCAAUGCCCAGAGAGUGGAAAAAAUAUGAGUUCCAUUAUGACAAUGUCCUGUGGGCCUUUCUCACUCUCUUUACAGUCUCAACCGGGGAGGGCUGGCCAACUGUUCUGAAGCACUCUGUUGAUGCCACCUUUGAAGACCAAGGCCCCUCUCCCGGCUACCGGAUAGAAAUGUCCAUCUUCUAUGUGGUCUACUUUGUAGUUUUUCCGUUUUUCUUUGUCAACAUCUUUGUCGCGCUGAUUAUUAUCACCUUCCAAGAGCAGGGAGACAGGGCUUUGUCUGAAUGCAGCUUGGAAAAGAAUGAGAGGGCUUGUAUUGACUUCGCCAUAAACGCCAAACCUCUGACACGCUACAUGCCAGAGGACACACAGUCCUUCCAGUACAGAAUGUGGAAGUUUGUUGUCUCAGCUCCGUUUGAGUACUCCAUUAUGAUCAUGAUUGCUCUCAACACUGUGGUACUCAUGAUGAAGUUUCAUGGAGCUCCAGACUUUUAUGAAGCAAUGCUGAAGUACCUCAACGUAGUGUUCACCACUCUUUUCUCUCUGGAGUGCGUCCUCAAGAUCAUUGCCUUUGGCCCCCUAAACUACUUAAAAGAUGCCUGGAAUGUAUUUGACUUUGUGACAGUGUUGGGAAGCAUUACUGACAUCCUUGUGACUGAAAUCAAGGUAAGAAAACUCUACACUGUAUUCAUGAAACACGGAGAUUGUGAUGGUGAAAUGGACCAGAGCUCUUUAUCUGUGCAGGAAGCUCUAAGCACAAAUGUUUCAUAUUGCUGCGUUGCUGACUUUUUGUCUCUUUGUGUUCUGUCUCCUGCCUCACAGCAUAGCCACUCCCACCCCUCUCCAGGGAUGUAUUUAGAUUCUGGAAAGGAUGCUAGCCCUAUGAGGCGCUCAGCCUCCACUGUAGCACCACAGCGCCCCCAAGAGGUUAACCUGAGGGACUACACCCUGGAGAAACCGCGGCAGGAGAGAACACAUCACCAUCACCACCACCAUCAUCACUGCCACCACCGCAGAGACCGGGAGAAAGAGAAAAGACAGAGGUCUUUGGAUACCCCUCUUGGUCAGCCUCCCAGCUCAGCUGGCGUACCUGAAGAGCCGGCAUCUGAACGUGCUGCUUCCAGAGAGCGAGCCCAUAAACGUGGGCGCUCCCAUGAGAGGAAACAUCGUCAGUCCUCAGCUGACAAGCAACGCUACUACUCCUGUGACCGCUUUUGCAGCCGGGAACACUGCUGUCCCAAAUCUGCCACUGCCAUCUGCUCCUACCAGGAGGAGCAGGAAACCAGCAAAAAGCAGGGCAGUGGUUGGGUUAAAGGCAGCCCAGACGCUUCAAGGUCCGGUUCUAGCACACCAAGCCGUGGACGUCGGCAGCUCCCACAGGUCCCACACUCCCCACGGCCUGGGGUGGCAUACAAGACUGCAUUCUCCUCUCAAGUGCACUUUGUGUCUAGCCAGACCUCUCAGAGCCCUGGCCGACUAAGCCGUGGCCUGUCGGAACACAACACCCUCCGUCAUAGUGGUUCCCACUACUUCCCCUGCCCUGUCACUCGCAUCAGCUCAGAACCCUUUCUGGGCUUGGGCCAUGGUGAAGCCCUGGGCAGCCCUUACAGCAGCCUCCAGAACCAGCUGGAUGUCUUCCAGGAUGUGGCGUCACUGUCCCCUAACCCGAGUGCCGAACAGUCGCCCCGGACCACACUGCCUCAAAUGAUGGGAGCCCUAUAUCCAACUCUUGGUGUAGACCCUAGUGUGCCCAAUGGGUACCACUUAAGUUUAGGGGGCAGCACCAGCCCAGGCACUGGCAACGGGGCACUGAGGUACAGGAGGUAGAGGGGGAUGAAUGGUGCUAUCAUGGCUUUAAACCAACCUUUCUAAUGCAUUUCUGAGGCAUUGUGAUUGCUUUUAUCAGCAUUUCUGAAGGCUUUAGUUUACAUGGUCACUUUGUGUUUAAUGCUGUGUUUUAUCUCAAAGGGUUAAGGUGAGAUCAGUGUGGCAUUCUAAAACAAAAGAGAAGACAUUUCUCCAGUAGACCAUGCCUUCCUCUGACAGAUGGUUUCUUAUAGACUUCAGUGGUUUAUGGACAACUCCUUACUGAGCUUGAAAUAACAUUAAAGUUGGAGAGCCACUUUCUAAGUUCUAAGAAUAAUAAUACUCUACAACCCGAAUAGAAAGAAAGAGAGAGUCAUGCAGACCAGCUUUAUAUUUAAAUUCAAUCUUUAUUUGUUCUUAUUUACACCUAGCCCUCAGCGAAGGAACUGUUUGUUUCUCAUGAUGGCUAUUGUGCCACAUAUAAUGCUUUGCAGUGGUGUGUGCAGCUAACUUUUUGAGUAAUAUUUUUUUUAAUUAUUAUUAAAGCUUAAAGCUGCAUCAACCUGUCCUUCCAGAGGACAGCAGUGAUCACAGAUUUCCCUUUACCAACAAACUAACAUGUCCAAAUAGCCACCUAAUUCUUCAUGUAGGUGAUUUAGCAACAGUUUAGUUUUUAUGAGUCCACUUAAUUCUGUUUAAUUAUGGAUCUGGCUUUGUUCACCAGUACUCAUAUAAAGCAAAUUCUGUGAAAAGACGUUGUUAGUAUGCUAAACACAAAACACCAGCGUGUUGGCCUUUUUUUGUACUCUAGUAGUGGAACUCACUCUACUGUUCAGCCUCCUCUCAAUCCACCACUCGUGGAAGAAGUAGCACCUCUUUUUUUUACAGUGUGCUUUCUAUCGUUUUGUGACUCAGUGUGUACGGAUGUUUAAUCAGCUAAUUAAGCAAGCUGAAUCGAGAAACAGAAUCAUUUAUUUGACAAGAAAUAUGUUUACUCAGCAUGCAUGUGUUUUAGACACAGAUCAACCAUGCACAGUAGAAGCUCUUGAUGAAGUGCAUUGGAGUUGCUGGGGAGUUAAAAGAAGUCAAGUAGCUUAUGUACAAGGAUUUACAUUUCUGACUUCCUGUCUUCAUGUUUUGUAAAUCUUUGACCUGCCAACACAGAUUUUAAGACCUGGAGCAUUUAAAAUAUUGUUUUUCUAGACUUCCUGCUGAGAGUGGUGAGUAAUUACUUAUUUUAAAGGCAGAGGUGAUGUCACAACACAUGUGAAACAGGGUUUACUAUUGUAAAACAAACAAUUAUUCUAGAGUUGACAUUUUAAACUGUCUUUUGCAUGUUAAAUUAACACUUGGAAUUAUGAAAGUAGUGCUCCCUGUGUUUAUAUCCUAGAGAAUAUGGUCUUUACCCUGACUCUGAGAUUUCUGCCAACAUUUCCAAACCCAUAAUGUUCAAUGACAGACAGAGAGGGAGGAUAAAACUAAGCAACUUUGCUAUAGACUGUUCAGUUUUCCUGUUACCUACUGGAUAUCCUUCAUUCUCUCGUUGCCUGAAUGAAGUGCAGACAGGUCUCAAAAUGUCGUUAAAAUAGAUUUAUACAUCUCUGUUGUUCCUCUCAUUUCAUUUUAAAGGCUUGACCACAUGUGACCUAGUAGCACCUCAAAUGGUGCAUUCAAUGACUGGAUUAGAUUGGAAUUCCAGUUGCCAACUAGUCACCUACAGGAGCAAUCAAUCAGAAAAGUUUUGAUUAAGGUUAGAAGUCCGUUUUUUUUGUCAAUCUUGGCUCAUGCAGGUGGACUGGUAGGUAAGCUAUAACCAUGCAUUGGGAUUCUGUGAUGUAGUGGUAAUUCAAAGCCAAGGAACAAAAUAUUAGGUAUCAAAAAACUCAACAAAGAAUAAAAUCUGGGAUAACGGCUACAAAUGAAUGCUAUGUGACAAUAAAUUCCCAGUUUAAUGCAAUUGUUCCUUACUGUAAACUGUUUAAGUGGUCAGUGUUAAAGCAACAUAAUAGAGCACAUGAGAGCAAUUCUUCAACAGUUAUGCCCUCCUUUAAGUAAUUUUUUUACACCAAAGUGCAGCCUUCAUUGAAACAUUGUAGCUGAUUGGAAUCUCUUGAACAUGUUGUUUAAAGUAUUUGAAGGUUAGCAUUGCAUACUGCUCUAAAGACACCAUCACAAAAUGUGCCGCCAAGCUCUGUUAGAUUCACCGCAAUGAAAGUGGGCACAGUGCUCAACGCAGCUUUGGACCAAUAAUGUGAGUAUAGCUGUAGUUACUGUGUGUAGCAUGAGACAUUGGUCAAGUUGUCCUCUUCUGGGUUGCUUUUACAGUCAACAGCACAACCAGUGCCACACACUUUGUUUCAAACAGUUAGCUGCAGCAGAGGUAUGGUGGUUUCAACAGAACACCAUGUCCUGGAAGUAAAUGGGAGUAGGACAGAACCUCAGACUAUACAACACUGUAAAACAAGCUGUGUCGCUCUUUAAUUUACAACUCCACCAUUCCAUGAUGAUGUCUGAUCUUUUAUGACAUUCCCUCAGUGACGGUUGAACGGAUGAUUGCUGGCUGACAGUCAGCACUAUCUUUUUUCUCAAGUUUCUUAUAGCCUUUACAGAGCAAUGCAUGGUAAGCUGACUAAUUUGUUUACUAUAAGAAGUUCAUUGUGAAUGAUUUUCUUCUGUUAUAUGCAUUUGUCAUAUAACAUGUAAAAACACUGGUGUGUUUUAAGUGAACUGCUUACAGUUUGCCAUUGUUUCAGGUCUAUUUCUUACAGAUUUUCUUUCUUUUGGAAUGUUUUAAGACAAAGUGCCUAUCCUUUUAGAUUUAUAUACUGUAGAAAAUAAUGCAACAUCAACUGUUUUCUAAUGCAUCCACACCAGAGUAGACAGUUGAUUUAUUUUGUAUGUAGCUCUGCAGGAAAACAUGUUGCACAGAAAGCCUUAUCUGCAAGCAACAUUUAUACCUACAGUACGCGUGGAAAUCAUGAAUGGAAAAAUUACCCUCAAAUUUUUAUUUUCUUGUUUUAUUACUACCCACAUUAAUAAUAUUGUGAGCAUUUAAUUCUUCAUAAAACCAUGGACUCUGAUGUGAGUAAAAUAGUGUGCAUGUUUAGAGUGUAGAUCUGGUUAACGACCUGUAUUUUUGUUAGAGAUGUCACAGUGUUCCCCCAAGAAGCUCCUGUCUUGUUCACAAUGUAAAACCAUGUGGGGGAUCACCUGAUGUCUGAUGGGGCAGCAGAAUGCAUGUGUCUGAGUAAGGACUUGGAGCAUAGGGAAUGAACUUGGCUUGCUAUUUUAGUGUGUGUUGAAGUUUGUAAACUGCUGGGCACAGGUUCUGGUGUUGCUACAACUUCUUUCUGGUAUUUGGAACUUCACUGAUUUACUCUGUCCUCUAGAAAACUGGCAAGAAAUUAAUGUGAUCAUAUCAUGCCAAGGUACUUAUUGCCGCUGCUUUUUUAUUGCUGACUUAUUACAGUAGAAUACAAUACAAAGGCCCUGUUAGCUGUGUUCAAAUUACCAGUCUUCUUAUUCUGCAUGCUAAUGAGUGAUACCAGCUACAGUUGAGUCUCAACAGUUGAAAUCACCCUGAUUGAAAAAAAGAUGGAGAUAAAAAAACAUAACCCCACGAUGAAGAAGAUGAAUCCUGGGCUUGUUUCGAACAAUUGACCUUUUUCUAAAAAAAGAAUUGAUUACAAUAAACAUCAUAUAAAGUGUUUCUCAGUGUGACUUAAAUAUGUUCACCAACAUGAUUCAUUGCAUUCUGGCUCUAGAUCCAAAAUCAUUUAGCUGUUUUUUCAUAUUGGAUCGUAUAAACGUGGCAACAGGCAGGACAUGGGUUUAACAAGUUCACUCUUCUGCUAGAAAUUAAAGUUCCAAGCCAGUUAUUUAUUUCUCUGAACUAACAGCUCUGAAAUGUUAAUAAAAACACAGCUGGGUAAUGAAGUAUAACGUUUGGGUCAGACAGCAUGGUUUCUAUAAUAGGUCUCAAAGAUCCAGGUGAUCACCUACCAUUAGGGGAUCAGGAAACACUGAAAGACCAGCAACUUUUGAUAGCUUCACUAAUAGUCUGGCAUUUUUAAGUUGCCUGUAAAGGAAACAACUCUGAUGAAGAAUGUGGAAAAGAUCAGACAGAGGAAAAGUUACAGCUGCAAGGGCUUCAACCAACAUGCCUGUAAAGGGUCUAAUCAUCUGACCUUGGCCUUUUGUAAUGUAAACAGAGCCAUGAAAGCUUGAACGUGUUUUUAAUAGUUAGAUUAAAUUUAUAUCUGACAACCGUUUACAGAACAGUAUUUAUUGUAUCAAAAUUGCCAUAAAAUCAAUAAUUAUAACUGAAUAAAAUUAUAAUUAUGCAAUGGUUUUUAAGGCUGUUGUCAUCAUGCCCAUGAUUACUUUUCAUUAUUUCUCAUGUUGAUAGGCUCCAUUCAUAAUGAUUGCAAACGAGAAAGGGUCUGAAGCAGAAAAGUUUAGGAACAACUAGUUUAGGGAAUUCAAAGAGAACCUUUAAAAGUAAUCUUAAAAGAGCUUUCAACAUGUUGGUGUUGUCAAACAACAUUUGCUUAGAUAGUGAUGUAUCUGUGGCAAUACUUUUCAACAAAACUACUCUAAGCUAUUGGAAUGCUUUAUGGAAUUUGGACACAGCUAAUAUAUGUGAAAAAGAAAACAGCCAGCCGUUUUGCUGGGACAUGUCAUAAAGAUACGCUUUGCUAAUGUGGAAAAUCUAUUGUGAACUGAGGCCAACUGUAGAAGUAGCAGAUGGAAACGUUGUGAACCACAAAUGUUGUUUUUGUGAAAAAAAUUGCAGAUCACCAUCGACUGAUGUCAAAGAAUGCUCAGAGGAGGAUCUGGUUCCUCAGUGUUUCUUCCACUGUUCAUGUUAUCUCACACACUCCCCACAGCUUCAUCAAUUGCUUUCAAAUGGAUGAAGACAAUGCUCCUGCCGUCAGUAUAUCCUGAUGUGUAUCCAACAUGGAGGUUUGGAGGCCUGUGUGCUAAAGUUAAAAACAUUUCUCUGCACUGACCUGGACAUAACAUGAAGUCACAUUUACACAAAAAUAUUUGUUUUAUAAACCCUGAUUGACAAAGGAUGUUGAAAAUUGUUCGCAUGUUUAUUUGCUUUCCAUCGUGGCUGUGUGCAAGGUGGAAGAGAUCCGCAACAGCAGACUGAAUGGGUCCAGGAUUGUCUGAAAGACUGUCUCUUUGGUGGUCUGCAAGGAAAAGGAGGGAGAAGAAAACCAAGCAGAGUAGGGCUAUGCAACAAAACAAACCCAUCUCUCCAUCCAGUCCAUUCUGUAGCUCCUGAUUCAGGCUUCAGCAUGAUUGUUACCAAAUGUUUUAUGAAAGUUUAACGGAAAAACAUGCAAACCAAAAGACUUGAAAUGCAUCGAGGAAUAAAGUGUAAACAAGAAACAGAUUAUUUGGGACUAUAGCAACUUUAUACAUGUAUUUGCAUGCACAAUAUUUACCCACGUUAACAAUGUCAAAUAAAAAUCCCUUAUGGGAGAAGAUGUGUAUAACAUUGUUUUUUAAACUCAACAUGUUUUAUGUCUCAGCUAUUUUCAUAUUGUUCUGCUGAAACAGGUAUUUCCUGAACUUUGUGAGCUCUGUAUUGCAUCAAAGGGAAUGUACCGUUGCCCAAGGUGGAUCAUGUGGCUUACUCUCAUUAGAUCCAAGCGUUUGGAUUGUUCAUAUCUUUUGGGGGGUGCAUUUGGUUUUUACAAAAAAUAAAUCAAAUAAAAAACAAUCAAAUGUUUGCAUGUUCUAAAAAUGUAUGUGCAUGGAAAAUAUCUGGUGUUUUCAGAAACGAUGUGCCUGUUUUUAUAAUUUUGAGAUUUUUUUUAUUAUUGGGUUUUAUCAACGCCCAUUAAUAUCUAAAUUAGUAAAGAUUGGGGGCAAUGUUGUUAUGUUUUUUAAAAAAAAAAAUCAUAUUUUCAGUUCAGCAGCAGAAUUCCUUGUUUUUAUCUUCACAUUUUGUGCUGGUUUCCCUUAAAACUCUGCUGUCAUACUUAAAAGCCCUGUUGGCAGCAGAGUAUGCUUUGGAGCCAAAUAAAGCAAUCUUAUAUUAUAAUGACACUUUUACAAAUAUCAAAGCCUUGGAAUUGUCCUUCUGGCACUUAAACAUUUACUAAGUGUGAAAACAAGGAACCCUGCUCUUAAAUUGGCAAUGAAAUGACCUGAAUGGUAACAAUAAAUUAUCCUCUUUUUUAACAUUGUUAACACUUCAUGUGUGCGGAUUUAGUUAAAUGUUGUUUCUCCUCGUUUUAUGUCUACUGACUAAACUUCAGUUGUUUCUACAUUUUGUAUGAAGCUAAGCUUCUUGAAAUAAAUGUUUGAUUACGUUUAAUCAUCUGUAUAAAU